AUGGCCAACUCAAAGCAAGUUUUAGGCUUAUAUAAGCAAUUAUUAGAAAAAGCUUACAAGUUUGACAACUAUAAUUUCAGAGAAUAUUCCAAGAGAAGAAUCCAUGAUGCAUUCAAAGACAACAAGGGCCUCUCAGAUCCAAAGGCCAUUGAUGAAUUUUACAACAAAGGAAUAGACAGUUUGGCUCUUUUACAUAGACAAACCACCAUUUCUCAAAUGUAUACCUUUGAUAAGUUGGUUGUUGAACCAUUGAAAAAGCACCAUUAA